AGGGAUUUGGAGAAAACAAAAUAAUAUAAAAGUACAGAAAAGCCCCAGAAAAUUUACCAAACCCUAAUUUCUCACUCCGAAACAAACGUUCCUCAAGACUUUUUCCCUCCUCUCUUCUUCUUCUUUUCCUCUAUUUUCUCUCUCUCUCGCUCUCUACAAUACAACUCCUCUUUCCCUCGUCGUCUCUGUAUCUCUCUCUGUGGAAAUUAGUUUUUUCUUCCUCUCAUGUCGAGUUUGGGUAGCUAGGAGCCGUCCGAUCUGGUGGUUUUGGGUCAGAUCUGCGACGAGGAUCUAAAAUCCGACGUCACGCGCCGAGAUCUGGGUGACACGCGCCGAGGUAUGGUAGUUAAUGGGAGGCCGAUGAAGAGGUUGAAGAGGAGAGUAACGGCAGACCUCAACGACUUCCUUACCUUCCCCGACGACGGCAGUGUCGCCGGUAGUGGUCCGUUUAGGACGACGGUGAAGGAGUUUCUAUCGAAACAUGCGUUAUUGCCCCCGCCUUCUUCGUUGUUUCCUCACCUUCUGACGUGGCAGAUCCUCUUCCGCGUCGGAAACCUCACCGACGGAGACGGCGACUCUUCUCCGUCCGUUGUCUGCCUCGAUGUUAUCGAAGAAGACGUUGCUAGAUGUAGAUCCGUUUAUUGCGACCAGUGCCGAGUCGUUGGUUGGAGCAGUAAUCCAGUUUGUGCAAAACGUUUUCAUUUUAUUAUUAAGGCAGAUGGAAACUCAAUUGGGGGUUAUAACAAGUCCUGUGCUGGGUGUGGUGAAGCCCUUCAGUUAUCCGAGUCUAGGUGCAAGUCAUGCAAUCAUGUCAUGACCACAGAAGAUGUUGAAGAUUGGAUGUAUCAUCAGUUAGAGGAUACCAGCCAUCUUCUGCAUGGUGUGAUUCAUGCCAAUGGCUAUGGGCAUCUUCUCAGGGUAAACGGUAGAGAAGGUGGAUCCAGGGUGCUUUCUGGAAGUCAUAUAAUGAAUUUCUGGGAUAGGCUUUGUAAAGUUCUUGGAGCAAGAAAAAUCAGCGUGAUGGAUGUUUCAAAGAAAUAUGGUUUGGAGCUACGUCUACUACAUGCCAUCACAAAAGGUCAUCCAUGGUAUGGUAAAUGGGGUUAUCAGUUUGGCGCUGGUAGUUUUGCUCUGACUCAAGAUUCUUACAGACAAGCUGUAGAGAACCUUUCUUCUCUUCCCUUGACCAUCUUUCUAUCUCAAGGACGGAAGCCUCGCACUCGUCUGCAGGACUUGAUUUCAUUUUAUCAGUCCUUGUCAGAGAGUGAACUUGUAAAUAUUAGAGACCUUUUUCUUUUCUUAACUAGUUCAAUCCAUGAUGCCCGCAAACUUGGCUUGGGAGCUAAUGAUGCUUCUUGUAAGAAGCGUAAAACUUGCGACUCCAAGGUCUUAUGUGCAUGGACCAGUAAUGACAUUUUACGUGUUGAAGAAGCAAUGUUUAGAGUACUACGGGCUGUCUCUGGGUCCAAUUGGGUGAGCUGGCGUGCUCUUAGAGGUGCUGUGUGUAAAGCUGGUCCUCCUGAACUCCUUGAUUAUUGCCUAAAGGUACUCAAUGGAAAGCAGGCAGCUGAUGGAAUGGUUGUCAAUGCCCGCAGUGCUUCUGGUUCUGGCGCUAUGGAAUAUAAACUUGAGCGUGGCAAUCCAAUGGUUAAUGUGAAUACAAAUGAGAAUAGAUUGCCCUGUACACCGAACUUCCCAUCUGAGGAACAUCUACUUCGAGAUCUGAAGUACUUGUACGAGUGCAUGCUAAACCCACUGACAAUGUCUAAUCAUGUUCCCUUAAUCAGAAGGGAAGUUGCAGUUGACUCUGCUACUACUGUUCUUGAUUGCAAGCAGUUUAUGAAGGUAUAUCAACCUGAAAGAUUCUUGCCUAUCCCAAAAUCAGAUGCAAUCCAGGUGCUAUGUGAGGUGGACAUCAUGGAACAUUCUGAUGUACAUUCCAGAAACCCUCCUCCAGAAUUAUUGAUUCUCCCCUCGGAUGCUACCAUUUCUGACUUGAAGGCAGAGGCAUCAAGGACAUUUCAAGAUGUAUACUUGAUGUUCAGAAGAUUCCAAGCUGAUGAGCUAGUUGGAUAUGGUGGCGUGAAUGAAUCUACUCAGGUCAAACUCCUUCUUGGAUCUGCUGAAUUUGUGACGGUCAGAGGAAAAUUUCUGGGGAAAAAUGGGCUGAGUAGGUAUAGAAUGGAAAGGGGAAUGGAGAGAUGGACUGUAGAUUGCUUCUGUGGAGCAAAGGAUGAUGAUGGGGAGAGGAUGUUAGCUUGUGAUGUGUGUGGUGUUUGGCAGCACACCAGGUGUGCCGGGAUCCCUGACUUGGAUGCUGUUCCUGCCAGGUUCAUUUGUCUUAGGUGCAGAUGUGUCAGUAAGUCUACAGAUACAAGCGGUAAUUGCAAGGAUGAAUCAGUUGGUGGUGUGGGAUUAGGGAAGAGCCUGGCUCAUGCUGCCUAAAGUGCGCUGGGAUCUUUAAUAAUGCUGUAAUAUGUGGGUUCAGUUAAUACCAAGUCUAAGUGUGGCUUUUAAGUGUUAUGGUGUGUGAGAUUUGAGGAUGGCUCUAUUCGAGUUGGUGUUUGUGCAGUAAAUGGGUCUCAGUUCUUGCUUGCAUCAUUGGUGCUGAGAAUAUUUUGCAGAAUCUAGGAUGUUCUUGGGUGAAAUCUUAACUACCAGUCAACUUUUAUAACUUGGAAGAUCAAAGAUGUUGCGAUCAGCCAACUCCUCCCAAUCAAAGAUGAAUUUAUGAUGUCUACGCUUCUACAUGUGAUUUUUGAAAUUUUGCUGAUGACACGAUUCGCCUUCUUCCUGAAUUGUGUUUCCCCAGGAUACAGGAUGACUAGCAUUUGCUGCAAAUAACUGAAUUUAGACAAAGACAAGCAUGACAGAGGGAGGGCUUAUCAAGUUGGUCACAAAGCAUCAUUUGGCUUCUUACAUUCCAAUGUUGACACAAACUGAAGUUGCUGUCUGAGCGUUAAUAGAGUUCACAAGAUACAUGCAGAACAAGCGAUGCUCACAAUGUAUAUAUAGUUCCUUUUUUUGAAAUACUCUCGAUGGCCAAAAUAUGGCUUGAAGCAAGUCUUUUCUUGUCUUGGCAAGCAAAAGAAUGUAAGUCUGCUUUAAUAUUUGAGGGUUAUUUUUGCCAUCUUUUAGUGUUGUUUGAGACGUGUGUAUCAAGUGUGAAUUUCUAACAAUAUUUAUGCGAUGAGGACUAGCCACUA